UCUCUCUCUAUCUUAAUAAAAACCCUAAACAUCGUGCCCUUCAAGCUAAGAAAUCUACAAUUAAUUUCUCUCUCUCUCUCUCUCUCUCUCUCUCUCUCUCUUACAAUCUCAUCUCUCUUUUUGUUCAUCAUAACCCAGUUUUAUUUGUCUUGUUUCAUUUGUACUGUUCUUUAUCACCUUCCAUUCACACCCUUCCAACAACAAAAAAAAAGAUAUCAAUAAAAUGAUGGCUGGAAACGGGCAGCUUUCAGUUCCACCAGGUUUUAGAUUUCACCCAACAGAUGAGGAGCUUCUCUACUAUUACUUAAGGAAGAAAGUUUCGUAUGAAGCGAUCGACCUCGAUGUUAUUCGAGAGGUCGAUCUUAAUAAACUCGAACCCUGGGAUCUCAAAGAUAAAUGUCGAAUCGGAUCGGGUCCUCAAAACGAAUGGUAUUUUUUCAGCCACAAGGAUAAAAAGUACCCGACCGGAACUCGAACUAAUCGAGCAACCACGGCCGGGUUUUGGAAAGCUACCGGAAGGGACAAAGCCAUCCAUCUUAGUAACUCCAAGAAAAUCGGGAUGAGGAAAACCCUAGUUUUCUACACCGGACGUGCCCCUCAUGGCCAAAAAACCGAUUGGAUCAUGCAUGAAUAUCGUCUCGACGAUGACGAUUCCGAUGUUCAGGAAGAUGGAUGGGUUGUAUGUAGGGUUUUCAAGAAGAAGAAUCUUAUUAGGGGUAAUUUUCAAGCAGAUUUUAAUCAAGAAGAUAAUAAUUAUAAUCACAUGAAGAAUAUUGCUUCAUCAUCAGCUCAUCAAAUGGAACCAAGGCCUAAUAAUAAUCAUUUACAUACAUUGUAUGAUUAUUCCUUCGACGGAUCCAUGCAUUUGCCACAGUUAUUCAGCCCUGAAUCAGCGGCUGUUGCUGCUUCUUCUUUUAUAUCCCCACUCUCUUUGAACUCCAUGGAUGUAGAAUGCUCUCAAAACUUAUUGAGGCUAACCUCGAGCAGCGGUGGCGGCGGAGGCGGCGGAGGCGUUGGUGGCGGUGGACUGAUGCAGCAAGAUCAGAUGAGGUACAAUGGUGAAUGGUCGUUCUUGGAUAAGCUUUUAACGAAUCAUCCUAUGAGCUUGGACCAUCAUCAUCAUCAUCGUCAUCCUCAUCAAUCUCAAGCUAAAUUUAUCCCUUCGUUGCAACUUGAUCAUGUGGGAAGUUCUUCACAAAAAUUCCCAUUUCAAUACCCAGGUUGUGAGACAGCUGAGGCUAUGAAAUUUUCAAAGUAGCUUAGAAUUUUAGAUCUAUUUUCACAUACAAUGUUGCUUUAAAAAAAGUCAUCUUAAGAAGUGGCAAAAGACACUCUUUUCAAA